AACUGAGAGUGAGAGAGGCUGGAAGCAGGUGCUGGUGGAGGAGUGAGGUGGCAGUUUUUCAUGCAUUGCUGAUUUCUGACAGACCAUAAAUCGAAUUGCUAAGACUGCAAAAAGGAAAGGGACUGUUCGGAGGGGAAUUAUACAAAAAAACUUCAGCAUUCUCCUUUCUUUUCUUUUGAGAACAGCAGACCAGCACUUCUCAAGAAAGAGAACAAAAAGAAAAAGUUAAAGGGGGAUAACAGGAAAUUAGGUAUACGAGGCUGUGAUCUGCAGAUGCAGGUCCACCACAACAUCACAUGACGUGGAUUUCCGCUUUGACACAUUUUGCAUUUAGCUGCACGGCAGGGCAGGGCCACACAAUCACUGAAGAGCUGCAGCUGCAGGACAUGAUGGUGCUUUAAAGGACUACUCUACCAUGCAGUCCACCAUGAAUUUCACUGGACUUCAACGCCAGGCCAGCCAAGACAAUUACAUUCUGGAUAAUACUCAGAAGAAGAAGAGCUCUCUGUGGUACCGGCGUUCGCUGAGGGGGAGCAGUGACCGGCACCGGCAGAACACAGGCUCUCUGCCCAGAGUACGCAAGCUCAAGCAAACCAACUCCAACUCACUGGUUGAUUACACUGACCCACAAAGGACCACAAUUGUACUGGAAAAGCAAGACAAUGAAACAUUCGGUUUUGAAAUUCAGACUUAUGGCCUGCAGCUGAAAAACAGCUCUGCAGUGGAGAUGUGCACGUUUGUGUGCAAGGUGCAGGAGGACAGCGCAGCUGAGAGUGCUGGCCUGACCGCAGGCGAUGUUAUCCUCACCAUAAAUGGGGCCAGCAUUGAAGGAUCAUCUCAUCAACGGGUACUUGAUCUUAUAAGAGAAUCAACCAACAGUCUAAUGAUGGAGACUGUAUGUGGAAACAUUGUAAAGAAGAUUGAGUUGGAGAAGAAGAUGAACCAACUUAAGCAAUCACUACGUGAGAAAUUGGUGGAGCUGCAAGCGCUCACAUUACAGGAAAAACGUCUAAUGCGAGGUAACUUAAACGAUAGCAGUCUCCACCUCUCGAUGGAUUCCUCAGAAGUUCUGAACUCCCCAGUGGGCCGCUGUGGCCGGCGUUUUUCCAGUGACAGUAGCUACAGGAGUGGGGUGUCAGAUGACAGUGACCUGGCCAGUGUGUUUGGGGAUCUGAGCUCCCCCAGUCCCUUCAGUGCAGCCAGCACCACAGAUGAAAGCUGCUUCUUCUCCAGAGACUUUCCUUCACAGGACAGCUCGGGCAGGUUCUCACUGAGCUCCAGCCGGCAGCACCAAGCCCUCAGCCGCUCCAGCAGCUCCAGCCUGGCCGGCAGCAGCAGCUCCCUCUCUCCUUCCUGGGAGGAGACCAGGAUCUCAUCCUUGUUUGGGACGCUGCCCAGGAAAGGCAGGAGAGCCAGUGUUCGCAAACACAUCUUCAAGUUAAUCCCUGGACUCCAGCGAUCAGUUGAAGAGGAGGAGACUGGAACGAACACUCAGUGACUUAAUGUCCAUAUGCUCCAAACAGGUGGCAGAAAGAAAUAGACGCUGAAAGGAUUUACCGCUUCAUGGGAAGACAGACAUUUAGAGAUGGUUCCUGAGCCUUUGGGUGAGCCUGGCUCACUGUUUGGCUUAAUGCACAAAAGCAUUAUGAAGAUGAACAACAGUUGAAUGAAUGUACAGAUAACAGAUUGUAAAGUAACAGAAGAAAUGUGUAUCCUACUAACUUGAAUAAAACUGUUUUUCCCCAUGCCCUAAACGCAGAGCAUGACUAGCAUUAAUCAGGGCAGAUUCAGUGUUGACGUAGCACUUAAGACCACUGUGAUGUAAAUUACAUUAAAAUCAUAUAUAUUUUAGUGAGAUUAACAUUGAAGCAGCACUUAUGAUUCUCAGGUGCUCAAAACCAAAACCAAACCUCUAAACCAUAUAGAUGUCUGCUCAGCUCAAAACAGGAUGUGGCUUUGACAUACUACUUAAAUGUUUAUUUCAUUUCCAAAAUUACCUUCAGACUAUAUGCAGCUUAGUUUCAGUGUUCAGAAACACUGAAACAGUUUCUUGUAGAUUCUGAAUGUGCUGAAAAUUGCAUGUUUUACUUUCAGUGGGAAGAAAACGCAACUUUGCAAAGAUUGUGUUUUUUGAUCUAUGCCUUAGCUUCUGCAAAUUAAAUCAAAAUUAUAUGUACAAAAAGCUUUGAAAUGAAAAAAAAAUAAACUUGUAAACUGUUA